AUGCGGGUUGAGAAAGCUCACGAUACUGACCUUCAUUGUGUUGGUUGGAAUCCACACAAUGUUAAUUUUAUUCGGACAGGUAUAUCGGUUGAUUAUUCUAUACGCAUGUUUGACCGUCGAAAUCUUAAGUUUGGAGGGGUUGGAUCACCUGUUCAUGUAUUUGAAGGUCAUGAUGCUGUUGUUCUUUGUGUACAGUGGUCUUCAGACAUGUCAUCUGUUUUUGGCAGUUCAUUAGAAGACAAUAUUUUGAACUUGUGGGAUAUUGAAAAGGUCUAA